UCUGUAGAUUCAUAGUUGUGGAGAGAAAGAGAGAGAGAGAGAGAGAGAGAGAGGAAAAAGAGAGAGAGAGAGAUCUGAAAGAGGAGCACAGUUGGCUGGAGUUUAGGAAAGCGUCUGCUCUAUGGUAAAGUGAACAGAUGCCGCCCAAGACAAACAGAAAACCUUCCUGACAUAUAAAUGUGUUUCCGCGCGACGAAAUUUACUUCGCUGGCAGGAUGUCCUCCAAAGAUCCCUAUCAAUACAUUAUAGUUGAACAUCAGUAUUCUCACAGGUUCAGAGUGACUGUGGUGAGCGCGGAAAAUGUCACCAAAGGCGCGUUUGGGGACUUGUUGGACACACCAGACCCGUAUGUAGAGCUUUUAAUCCCGACUGCUCCCGAAUCGAGAAAAAGAACACGUCACAUAGACAAUGACAUCAAUCCGAAGUGGAACGAAACGUUCGAGUUCCUUCUGGACCCCCAACAGGCCAACAUGCUGGAGAUAACUUUAAUGGAUGCCAACUAUGUCAUGGAUGAGACUCUAGGCACAGCUAGAUAUGAAGUUAACAACUUGAAAAUAGGACUGACCGAGACAGUGACUGUGUCUAUUGGCAAGACUACAAAGGUGCACCUGGAGAUGUUACUGGAAGUGUGUUCAUCCACUGAUCUGCGCUUCAGUAUGGCUCUCUGUGACCAGGAGAAGAUGUUCAGGGAGACGCGUAGGGAUAGAGUCAUGCUAGGUAUCAAAAAAUUCCUAGACAUGGAAAACCCACGCUUCCUGCCUACCUCAAAAAACGAGGUUCCCACCAUCGCUAUAGUGGGAUCAGGAGGGGGUUUCCGAGCUAUGGUGGCUUUCUCUGGGGUGAUGAAGGCUCUGUAUGAGUCUGGAGUGUUGGACUGUGCUACUUAUGUUGCAGGACUUUCUGGAUCAACGUGGUACAUGUCCACGCUAUACUCACACCCCGAGUUUCCUGAGAAAGGCCCCCGAGACAUCAAUCAGGAGCUGAUGAAGAGCGUGAGCAGCAGUCCACUCAAGCUGCUGAUGCCACAGCACAUCAAACGCUACAUUAAAGCUCUGUGGAAGAAGAAAGCAAGCGGCCAACCCGUCACUUUCACCGACAUCUUCGGCAUGCUCAUCGGAGAGACGCUUAUACCGGGGAGGAUGGACACAUCACUGAGCUCCCUGCAGGAAAAGGUCAAUCUGGGUCAGUCUCCUUUGCCUUUGUUCACCUGCCUGCACGUCAAACCCAACGUCUCUGAGCUCAUGUUUGCUGACUGGGUGGAGUUUAGCCCUUAUGAGAUUGGCAUGGCCAAAUAUGGCACCUUCAUGUCACCUGAGCUCUUUGGAAGCAAGUUCUUCAUGGGCAGCGUUGUGAAAAAGUAUGAAGAGAACCCGCUACACUUCCUAAUGGGUGUGUGGGGUAGUGCUUUCUCCAUCCUGUUUAAUCGAGUCAUUGGUGUGAAAGAGACUACUGGCUGCAGCAGCACCAUGGAGGAAGAGCUUGAACAAAUUAAACCAGAGCACAUUCUUGGCAAUGACACAACAGAUAACGAUGAGGAAUUGCGCAGGAUGGGUACAGAGUCAUCAGAGGUGGAGGAGGAGCGGCAGCGUAACGCUCAGGCCAGCUGGGUGCAGCGAAUGUUUACCUCCAUGGUGGGUGAGACGGCGCUGUUUAACACACGUGAGGGCCGUGCAGGAAAAGUGCAUAACUUCAUGCUGGGCCUGAACCUAAACUCCUCCUCUAUACCUUUAACACCUCGCCAUCCUUUUAUGGCACAGCUGUCUGUUGAGGAUGAGGCGGAUGCUGUCACAGAUCCCAAUGAGUUUGUUCACAUCUACGAGCCUCUGGAUGUAAGGAGUAAGAAGAUUCAUGUGGUGGACAGUGGCCUGACCUUUAACCUACCCUACCCUUUGAUCCUGCGACCCCAGCGUGGAGUUGAUCUCAUCAUAUCUUUUGAUUUCUCAGCCAGGCCGAGUGAUUCCAGUCCUCCUUUUAAGGAGCUUUUGUUGGCUGAGAAAUGGGCACGCAUGAACAAGUUGCCUUUCCCUAAGAUCGACGUGAAGGUGUUCGAUCGUGAAGGUCUGCAGGAAUGUUAUGUGUUCAAGCCCAGACCAGAAGAGAAACACUGCCCUACUGUCAUCCACUUCGUCCUGGCCAACAUCCAUUUCAGGGAGUUCAAGGCUCCUGGAGUUCCCAGGGAGACAGAUAAGGAGAAGGAGUUUGCUGACUUUGACAUAUUUGACGAUCCUGAGACACCAUAUUCCACAUUCAACUUCCAGUACUCAAAUCAGGCUUUUAAACAGCUGCAUGACCUCAUGGAGUUCAACACACUCAACAAUAUUGAGCAUAUAAAAGAUGCCAUCAAAGACAGCAUUCUCCAGAGGCGGAUGAACCCGUCGCGCUGCAAUGUCUCUCUUUCGCUCAGUGAGAUUGAAAACAAGAAGUUCCUGAAACGUGGCGCAGGCAGCAUAAAGAAGGGCACACCUAACAGAUAAACACAACAAUCGGAUAAAUCACAGUGUCAGCUUCCUAGGAGUUGGGAUGUCGUAUCAAAGUUCGCUGGACAAUAGGUUCAAAUGGAAAUAAGUGAAAACAAGCAUAACUGGAUACGCUGUGUUACGGUGCAGUGCGUGACAGGCAUUUUGGGACGCUUUUAGAUUGUGAUGAUAUGGUUUACAUGAACUUGUACUCUUUUUAGCACAUUUGUAAAGCUUUUAGCUGUCAUUAACGAAAAGAGACGUGUGCAAACACACAUGCACAAGGCUUGACUUUGUGAGGAAUCUCCCCACACUCUUAAUAGUCAACAAACAUGCAGUCUGAACUGGUUAAGGCUGCAGUAUGAUGGUGUCCAAAACCAUAUAGUGCAUAGUGAUGUAUGAAAACGAGGUCACUACACUCCCUCAGUGCUCUGUGGUAUGAAUAAUGCCAGAAUAUCCAUAAUGCACCAAUGGAGUUUGGCUUAAAUUUAUAUUUUAAGAAAAGUCUCAGUCCUAUCUUCCAAGAUAUCUUCCCAGUGUUUAUAUGUUGGUCAGGAAAUAGUGUGUUUUACCCAUAAUGCACUGCCGAGCUUACAGUUAAUCAAAUUACAGAAAAUCCUGAAAAAUCGGUUACUAAUAAGAAAAGUAAUAUAUUUUUUCUUUCUUUGCUUCUUGACCAUUUAACCAGUCCUGUAAUGACUAACCUUGCGUGUCAGAUCUCGUCAUGGUCUUAAAUCCUGUCUACAGUUCAAGUCUUUUCUGUUGGAAAUGACUGAUGAUAAAUCUACAGUUAGGUUUAAAGACAACCUGCUGAUUCACCGUCACACUUUACAUUUUGUUUGCUGCUCCAUUAUGACAACCUGAGAUUUUAAAGUAAGUCAUGAAAAGAUGAAAGUACACAGAGACGAAUACCUGUCCUCCCACAAGCCGUCUGAACGGAUCAGAAGAAAGUCAUGGCAUGACGUGACACGUUAGGUAGACAGUAUAUACGCACUUCCUGACUUCAUGCACACUUGCUUGUAUCAGAAUGAUGUCUGGUUGUGAAAUUCAAGUUCGUUGUUUCAUUAAAAUAAGACAUGUUUAUAUAGUGAUUUCCCCAGACUCAAAAAGCAAAUAUUUACAGCAAUUUUUAUGUUUUUUUUCUGUGAAAAAUUGAAGGCUCAUGAGCUCAGUGGUAGCUGGUUUCUCGCCUACCAUGUGGUAGGUCUGGGUUUGAUUCCCAGCCAAUGCCCAAACCCUAGCCACUGGAUUCAGUUCUGGUCCCAAGCCCGGAUAAAAAUGGGAGGAAAUGAAAAUGAGCUCAUGAGUUAUGUUUAUUUUAUGUCUUUCUAAUGAAUUAUACAGUCCGUAGUAUAUAACAAUGUGGAGUUAGCAAUGGAUAGCGCUAACAUGAAUCAAUAUGUACUGCAGAAUGAGAACUCUUCCUCUCCUUGGUUAUGCAAAUGGACAUAUGUUAGAAUAUUCACUCAUUCAUCAUGUUUUUUUGUCCAUCAAUGAAGAAAAAUAUCUUCAGAAAUCAAUAUCAGUCUAUGAGGGACACGUACUUCAGGGUCGUAUGUGCUGGAUAUGCAUUCUCACUUAAAGACUGCUAAAAUCUCAGCAGGAUUCAAUAGUAUAAUAAGUAUUUAA